AUGAAUUACUUUUUCUGCACCAGAGUAAACUUUAAUGUAGCUCGAUUCAAAAACACAUUAAUAAGCCAUAUAUGCAAAGGGAACAAUGUGAAAGAGCAGCAUUGUAAGAAAUUAUUCUUUAGCACAAGAAAUAAUGGGCAUAAUAAUGACAAUAACAGUAUCGACGCCUUAAAUUAUAAAUUUUCCAAAAAAAGAAAAGAUGAAGAAGAGACAAAUAUUUUUUCAAAUCCAAAUUAUAAAGUAAUUAAUUCACAGCCCAAAAGAAACUUAAGCGUUUUUGGAUAUAACAGAGGAAAACUGUUCGUGAGCAUCAAGAAAGACUUCACGAGUUUUGUUGUUAAUUCGUUAAUCAUCUUCGUCUUCCUUUACUCCCUUUACACAUUAGCACCCAAUGAAACUGUGUCACAAAGAAGAAAAAGAAUUAUCACAGAGAGAUUGAUGAAGGAGUAUGAUAUUUCUGCGAGUGAUCUUGAAAUGAUUGAACAACUGGACCAAGUAUCAGAAGAGUAA